AUGUCUGAAAAUAAUAGAAGCAGAUCGUCCUUACAUACGAAUACCAGCAGCGCAGCCCACAAUAGUUGUAAUGAAGAAUUGAACAAUGCAAGAACAAAGUUCAACGAUUUGUUACAAGAUUUGGUUCGUCAUAAUAAAGAAAGUGCAUCGGAACAAGAUUGCAUAAAUAGUUUACUAGAAUUGCCUAAUCAGCCUUUACUUCCUUCGAAUUCCACUGGACCUGAGAAGCGUAGCCUAGCUCAAAGUAGAUCGCCACGAAAGCGAAAAAAGAAAGAUAGUGGAAACAACAGUAAUGUCCAUGAUAACUCUAACACGAUACCGAGCACACCUGAAGGUAAUAAACCCCCUAUACAUGUUAUCAAGCUAUUCGAUCGUAGCGUGGACUUAGCACAGUUUGACGAACGUACCUCGUUAUAUACACUUUGUCGGUCAUGGAUGCAUAAUAAUCCCAAUGACGGUAGUGAUAAUGAUGGAUUUGCCAAAUUAGAUUUAGAUGCAAAUGAAAAAGCAAAUAACGAUGACACUAAUGGUAGUAAUCCAGCCAUCGACGAAUCAGGUAAUGUUCAUAGUUUACCAAAGCCAUCUAUUUUACAAAAGGAACGUUAUACUGCUCUGACGCAAGCACCCAAACCGAAGCUGUGGGACACUAACCUAAUCGGCAGUAAUCAACAAUCGAUUGUAGAAUUAAAGCGAGUUCAUAUCGCCCGAUGGAAACUUAUAAGAGCUAAAUCACGCGAAAGAUUGAGUAGAAUGCAAGAGCAAUAUAGCGAAUCUAAUCGAAUUAUUAAUAAACUGUAUCGACCAAGACAUUAA